CUUCUUGAUCCUCAGCAUCUACCAAAUAUUCACACUUCCACUUGACAAAAUCCAACGGCUUAGCGUUCCUCUCUAUGUCCACACGACCCAUCUGACGGUUCAAAUUUCAUCUCUCUCUCCCCUCCUUUAUAUAAACCACUAAACCUACCACCUCUUUGCUUAUUCAAAAGGCAAUAAUCAAUAAUCAAGAGAGAAAGAAGGCAUGGCGACUUUGGAUUCUCCACUAGAGGCGCUGGCUUUCCAGUACGCUAGCUUCGGUGUUCUCGGCGUCGUCAACAACGUCUGGACAUGGAUCGCUGUCGUGACGGCUGCUGUCAGCUUCUGGAGGAUGAAAGUCACUACCAUCGGAGACAACGAUGGUCAUGGGUGUAGCUUGUUGGAGGAUGCAACCACCUCGAAAGCUGAACAAGAAUCCGAUCAUCAAGAACCGCAAAAAAUGGCUGGUCCGGUGGAGGAAGCGGAGGCGCCCCCAGUGAAUGAAACGGAUGUUAAUUGGGAGCCGUUGAUGUGCGAUGACGGCGUGACGAAAGGGACGAAGCUGACGAUGUACUACGAGGUAGACGUUGAUCACGAAGAGCGGUGUGUUGAUGGAGAGGGAGGGUUACCGACAGUUAACUAUGGAGGUGGGUUUGGUAAUAGCGGAGAGUGGUGGGAGAGAUGGGAAAGAGUUGUGAAGAUGAGAAAUGGUGAUGACGUUUGGUACCGUUACGUGGACUUGACGGUGAUAGACGGAAGUGUCGUGAGGUUAUGGGAUGAUGACAAACGGAAUCCGUAACAGUGGCAGGUGUCUAAGCUAGAGGAUAUUCCUAAUUUGGAAAAUAAAAUCCUUCAAACCUUGAUUGGUUUAAAGUUUAUUUUUGGUGGAUUAUGAUUAUAAUUUGUACAUAAUUUUCCGCCACAAGACCAGGAACGCUCGAGUUAUAGAAGAAACCAAGAAAAUCAAAUAUUAAAAUGUUGCUUCAGUAGUGUUGUUACUCGAGCAUUUGGAUACUUACGCUAGCUAUGCCCACCAAAACUUGACUACACGCGUAUACUGAUAAACGCUGGUCCAUUGAAAACUUGAUCACAUGGAUUUGUUCCUGUUGGUUUGUUGCCAUGGCCAAUUCCGGUAACAUUGGCUAAGCCCACUAGACUCUUAAGUCUUAAAUUAUUU